ACGGUUGACUACUGCUGUUAUCUGAGAGCGAAAAUGGGUCAGAAAGUUUGUAAAUGCGUUCAAGCUGAAAGUGCUGAUGGCGAUCGUAGGGAUGUGUACACGCUACCUGAACAUCCACCUGUUCAAUCGAGCGCUGAUUCGAGCGAUCAUUCACCUCCACCAGCGGGCGCCACUGACGGAGAUGUGGGUGACAACAGAGAUGCUGGAAGGAGGAAGAGGAGAUUUUGGAGAAAGUUUUGGAGGAAAGGUCGCAGAUCAGCUCAGGGUGAACGAGAAGAGCACACAUCACAGCAAAAUACACCUGCGUCAUCAACCGCUGAUGCACGCGACCGUUCACCUCGACCAGAUGAAAACAGAGAUGAGGGGAAGAAGAAGAAGAAGAAGAGGAGGUUUUGGAAGAGGUUGUGGAGUGAGAGAGAAGAAGAGUCUGACAGAAGUCCUGAAGAUCAGAUUCAGAACAAUCUGGAAACUCCUGACCUCCUGAAUGAGGACGUGGAUGUGAUUUAUGAAAUCAACUCCUGUCAGUAUAAGAUGGGUAAAGAGCUGAAUAAAGGAGGAAAUAUAUCCGUGUAUGAAGCGACCCGUGUGAGAGACGGCCUUAAGGUGGCAGUGAAGUUUGUCCGGAACAUGUCUCCUGAUUUGAUUUCCAUUCCCGGUCAUCCCUUCGUCCGUCAACGAGAGAUUGGUCUCCAUACGCUCGUCAAUGAAGGAGAACACGUUCCUGAGAUCAUCCGGCUUUUGGACUGGGAGGAGCGUUAUUGCGAAUACAUCAUGGUCCUCGAGCAUCCUUCUCCCUGCAUGGACUUGUUUAAAUUUAUUGAAAGCAGACGAGGACAAAUCUCUGAGAAUUUAGCUCGGAUCAUCAUGCGGCAGGCGGUCAAGGCUGUUACUGAAUGUUUGAAACGGGGAGUUUUCCACAUGGACUUCAUAUUGGAAAACUUCCUGAUUAACACCGAAACAUUGGAUGUCAAACUCAUUGACUUUGCCAAUGGCGACCUGCUCAAAGAAACUUGUUACACCAAGUUUUUGGGCACACCGAAUUACUGGUGUCCGGAGUUGGAGGAUGUGGGCGAGUAUCACGCGUUGCCGGCGACAGUCUGGUCACUCGGCCUGAUGCUGUAUGUAAUGAUGUUCUGGGCUCUUCCUGGCAUAAUCACCCGGGAGCAGAUCAACAACCAAGAGUGGGAAAAAGACGAUUUGAGCACUGAAUUCUGCAGGUUUAUUAACGAUUGCCUGCAGGACGAUCCACAUCAACGGAUUCAGCUAAAAGACGUCCUGCUUCAUGAGUGGUUUCAGGUCAGCGGUGUGGAGAUGAUUGACAGCCGUUUCGAGGGGGUGUCUGGAGAUCAGAUGCAGGAAACUCCUGAACUCCUGACGGAGGCCGGAGACCUGCUGACUUCACAUCACUCCUCUGUGUCUGACUGCAGCGAUGAAGAAUUCUGCACACCAACUCUUUCUCUGUUUGACUUGUAUGUCAACGUCCCCCGGCGUACAGUCUCUUCAGGGUCCGACUCAGAAAGUGUUGACAGCUUUCACACCGCUGUCUGUUCUAUGUCGGACCUGCUGCAGAAUAAUGAGGACGGGAAUGUGAUUUAUGAAAUCAACUCCUGUCAGUAUAAGAUGGGUAAAAAGCUGGGUGAAGGAGGAUUUGGAUCCGUGUACGAAGCGACCCUUGUGAGCGACGGCCUUAAGGUGGCAGUGAAAAUUGUCAGGCCCGGCGGGUAUUCUGAUCGUAUUUGCAUACCCGGUCAUCCUAACCCCCUUCCACGAGAGAUCGCUCUUCAUGUCCUCGCCAAUGAAGGUGUUUAUUUUUCUGAGAUCAUCCGGCUUUUGGACUGGGAGGAGCGUGAUGACAAAUACAUCAUGGUCCUCGAGCAUCCUUCUCCCUGCAUGGACUUAAGUGAAUUUAUUGAAUGCCAUGGAGGAGCCAUCACAGAGGACUUAGCCAAGAGCAUCAUGCGGCAGGCGAUCCAGGCUGCUAUUGAUUGUUUCAAACGGGGAGUUUUCCACAGGGACAUCAAACUGGAAAACUUCCUGAUUAACACCGAAACAUUUGAGGUCAAACUCAUCGACUUUGGCUGUGGCGAUCUCUUAAAUAAAACAAGUUACACAACAUUGACGGGCACAUGGGCAUACUGCUGCCCUGAGAUGCUCAAAACAGACAGGUAUCACGCAUUGCCGGCGACGGUGUGGUCACUCGGCUUGAUGUUGUACAGAGUGGUGUGCGGGAAACUUCCAGAAAAAUACAUCUUGUACUGGAUCAACGACAAAAAUUGGUACAGAGAUGACUUGAGCAAAGAAUGCUGCAGGUUUAUUAACGCUUGCCUGCAGCAAGAUCCAGGUCAACGGAUUCAGAUUAAAGACAUCCUUUUUCAUGAGUGGUUUCAGGUCAAAGGUAAGGUGAAUGACAGCCGUUUGGAGGUUCAGUAA